AAUGAUUAUGAGCAUCUUCUUCAGCCGGGUGGCGGUUGUAGAGGUCCUCCUGGCGAUCCUCGAGACCACAUGGGAGGUGGAGGACGUGGCGGCCCUCCUACUUUGUCCAGUUCUUCUGCACAAUCCUACGGAGGACGCGGGAACGGUGGCAAGAACUGGAAUGGACCACAAGGAAGCAACUACGGAAAUGGACGUUAUGGCGGUCAACAACAUCCUUCCAACAACCUGGUAGCUGGUAACAAGAUGAAUAUGGACAAACUUCAACGUCUGAGCAACAAAGGAGGCAUGGGAGGUCUAGCUGGCAGCAAAAGCAAUAUCAGUGGCAAUAUCAGUGGCAACAUUUCCUCCUCCUCGAAUAUGGGAGGAGGAGCAGGAGGUGGUGGUGGUGCUCGGCCUUGUCGUGGAGCAGGUUCUGAUAGCACGGCCCUUGUUUCUCUUGGUGGACCGGAACAGCCGUUCUGCGUUCGCUUGCAGGAGUAUAUUGACGCGGAGCGUGAGUUCAAGCGGUUUUUGGGCAGUCUCGCGAACAGUCGCUUCUUACACAACUUCAUAUUUGGGACUCGAGGCUUGCCUGUACUCGAAACGGUCAAGAAGGAUGAGAAAGAUUUUGUUGCAUCUUCUGAUGACGCUGGUUCUGCUUCUGGAGGAUCUGCUACCUCCAAGUCCAAAAUGGUUGACAAAGACAACCUCAACAAAGAGUCUUCAGCAGCACGUGGAAUUUCUUCCACAACAGCAGCCACGACGACACCUUCUGCAACUUCUGGUGC